AUGUUCUGUUGUCCAAAUAUACUGCCAGCCCCUCUGCAGAUCUGCAUGGGAAUCUGUCUUCCCCAGGAUAUCACAGAGGAGAGCAAAAAGGCAAAACUCCAGAACUCUAAAAUAGAACAGGACCUUAAUGAACAUGCCAGGGCUGAGAAACAUGCGGUCAAAAUACUUAUGCUUGGAGCUGCAGAGAGUGGAAAGAGUACAGUCAUCAAACAGAUAAAGAUCAUUUACAGUAAUGGCUUCUCUCAACAGGAGCUCAUUAGUUUCAAGCCGGCCGUGCUCGACAACCUACUGACCUCGAUGAAAAUCGUUCUACAAGGAAUGGGAAUGCUGAGGAUUAACCUCGCUAACAUGAAGAAUAAGGAGCACGCCCGCUCCAUCCUGUCCUGCAGCCAGUGUCUGGGGGACGACCAGGAGCUGCUGCCUUUCGUGGCUCACGCGUUCUGCUCCCUUUGGGCCGACCAAGGGGUUCGAGCAGCGGCGGCCAGAGGCUACGAGUUUGAGCUGAAUGACUCUGCGCUCUAUUUUUUUGAGAACAUGAGUCGAAUCAUCGGACCGAACUACAUCCCCACUGAGACGGACGUCCUGAGAGUCAGAGUGAGGACCUGUGGAAUCAUUGAGACGCAGUUUCAAGUUAAUGAAAUGAUGUUGCGGCUGUACGAUGUGGGAGGCCAGCGCAGUGACAGGAGGAAGUGGCUGAGCUGCUUUGACUGUAUUCAGGUUGUGCUGUUUGUUGUGGCCCUCAGCAGCUACGACAUGACGCUGUUGGAGGAUCCCUCAGUGAAUCGGCUGCAGGAAAGUCUGGAACUCUUUUCAUCAAUCUGCACCAAUACAGUCUUCCAGAGAACUUCCCUGAUUCUGUUCAUGAACAAAACUGACCUUUUCCGGGAGAAGAUUCUAAAUUCUGGGAGACACUUGAGAUUUUACCUCUCUAGCUAUAAAGGAGCAGACAUUGAUGUGGAUGCAGCAGCCCACCACAUCACCACCAUGUUCUCCACAUGCAGCAGCAGCAGCAGCCCUGUGUACCACCACUACACCACCGCCACAGACACCACCAACAUACAGCUGGCCUUCCACAUGCUCACUGAUCAGAUUAUCAAGGAGAACCUGGCAGCCAUCCAGCUGCUGUGA